UCAUCCCUCCCUCCAACAAUCGUCAUUGCAAAUCUCCAACUUCUUCUUCGUAAGUUAACAUUAUGGCCGCAACUAAAUCACCCGUCUUUCUUCCUCUGGUGCCGACCAUUGCCACUUUACUAGUAUUGGCAGCAGCAGCGUCGUCCUUCUCCGCCGCAGAAUCCCAAACCUCCUUCGCCACAAAGAAGCAGCCUUUGACGAUGAAGAAAGCAAAGCUGACGCACCUCCACUUCUACUGGUCCAACAUCCGUAGUGGGCCCGAGGCCACGGCCCAGAUCGUCGCCCCGAUCCUCAACAACGCGACUUUCUACGGGAUGGUGGCCCUGAACGACGAUACGCUGACAUUGGGCCCGAACCCUGACAACUCGACGUCGGUGGGGAAGGCUCGUGGGCUCUACCAUUUCCCGUCCAAUACGACGGCUUUGGUUUACGAGAUGGUGUACAACUUCGCCUUCACUUACGGAGACUACAACGGCAGCUCCAUCUCUCUUUUGGGUUCCGUCUUCCCGACGUCAGGAACGGCCAACGAGCUCUCCGUAGCCGGCGGCACGGGCGUUUUCCGCUUUGCUCGUGGAUACGCCGUCUUGAACUUUUUCUCGUUUGAUCCCGUACGUACUUUGGUCGUCAACGAGCUCGACGUCUACGUUUCGCAUUACUAGCUUCGGCAUCCAAAAUUGGCUUAUGAGACAUCCUAUACAAAUUCAUUAUUGUUGUUGUUGUUGUUUUCCUUCUGCUUCUUCUAUCUUUUCAUAAUUCCAUGAAGGUAUGUGUAUGUGUGCUUAUUUAUUUAAUUUUCAACAGUAAUCAAUAAAAUGUUGUAUUGUUU